AUGAACCUUAACUAAAUACGGUAUGCGUGUCUUCUUGAAGCUAGAUUCAGGCUCGCAACCCUGUAGCUCUCAAGAGCUGUCACUACUUCAUGCAAGUGGAAGGCAGAUCAUUGGACAUGGAUCUUUGAAACUUUGCAUUUAAUGAGCCAGUAAGUAGCUGCGUGAUUGUGAGCAUGCAAGACUUCAACUUACAAUCACAAGCGUUGUCCUCACUGUCGUCGUCGUCGUUGCUGCUAUCUUAGAUUGUGCAGGGAGUCCGGAGUUGGGUCGAUUCAGUGCAGAAUCCAGAAGCCGCUAGAGGGAAGAGGUUUGAAGGGUUUCGAAGGUUUAGUGAGUUCAAAGUGUGGAGAGACCGGGAGAGGUGAUUGUAUUCAUGAUUGUUCGGCAGGAUGUUUACGGAAGUGGUGGAGCUCUGGAGUUUAGGGUUUUUGGUCCAACUUGGGUUCUGCAACGAGCUUAAGAAAGGCUCGGGGGGAUUAUAGAUUGUGGAGGCGGAGCUGAAAUAGGGCAAGAAGGGGCUGGAUUUGUGGGCAUGUGUGAAAUGGUAGAGCUUGUCGUGGGAGAAUAAUUGUUUAAAUUGUUUUGGUUGUGGCAUUCGGAUUCUGGAGAUGGGGUGGCUAGCAGCGUUUGUUGUUUCUCUCCUGGCUCUUGUAAGGAUUGGAAUUGCGCAGACAUGUUCGAAUUCUGAGAAUUCGGAUGCUUGUGAAUGGGAAGCAAUUACAAAUGGGAAGAAGUACAGCUUCAAUCUCGCUACUCCAAUCAAAGGAUACCCUCAUGGAAUUUUGAGCGAAGACGGGUUUUACAAGGUUAGUGUAAAAUCGAAUGAGGGGAAGACUACGAUUUACUGGUUUCAGUUAUGUGAGCAUAUGAAGUUCAACUUUAAUCCACCUCUGUGCGAGAAUUGUGAGACUUGUGGUGGUCCAGGACACUGUGGUGAAACCUGCAGUGCGCUCAUGUCCUCCUCUUUUCCAGGUUAUUCCGUAUGUUCCACUCUUGGGUACCCUGGAAGCAUUCAAUACUCCUUGAUAAAUCAGAACAAGCCGGACCAAGGUGUUCGAGUGAAAAUGACCACAUGCAACAAGAAUGCAAAGCCAGAUUGCUCGUUCUCAGUGUUGGUGUACUGCAGUCGUUCUGGUAUUGAGGUACCCACUAAAGUAACGAAUAUUACAUCAGGGGUUUGUGAUUAUGAGACCAUAUUAAAACAUCCAGCAGGUUGCCCCGUGGUGACGAAUGUGAGUAAAGGUGGAUGGGGCUGGUUUGGUUCCUUGUUUUUCAUGUUGUUACUUGCCUUUGUCGUGUACAUGGCUGUAGGCAUUGGUUACCGUGUAACUGUUCUCGGUGUGAGUGGAUUUGAGGCAAUUCCGAAUCUGGACACUUGGCGCACCCUUCCAUCAAAGAUCCAGCUCUUCAUUGAGUACAUCAUUUCGCAAUGCAUGGACCUCUACUACCGCCUCACGGAAAACUCAUAUUCUCGAGUCAAUACAUGAAGCUUGCACUGAGCAGCUGUUCAAGCAGGAUGAUCUCAUCCUUGCAUCCCAGAAAGGACUUGAUUCUCUGUGAAUGCCACCAAAAUUACAAACUAGACUUCUUCAGAUGAAUACUUCAUUUGAAAGGCUCAUUGUAUUACAGAUAGGGAGAAAGCAGGCGUUACUUUAUUUACUGUCUAGAACUUCCACCAAUGGCGACGGGAUUUCGAAGGCCGAUCAUAUGGCCACGGCUGAUGUCCCACUCCGUCGGAGCUGCAAAAAUAAUUCCCAUCAUUCCCCUCA